AUGUCUGAAAUUUUGACUUGCGAAAGAAACCACAAGACGGUAUUGGUGAAUGUCUCUGUCCCCUUCAUUGCACUCGGCAUCGCUCUCACCGAGGAAACACAAGCAACUCUUGUUUAUAAACUUACUUUGAAUUGGGUGGAUGUAAGACUGAGAUUCGAUCCGAUCGAUUAUGGCAACUUGACAGCUCUCUACCUUCCCGAAUCGGAGAUCUGGACUCCUCGCUACAGUGUUUACAAUGCAAUGAAUACUCGAGCGAUCUCAAAGGGAAGAGAUUCAGAUGUGAGAAUCGAGAGCGAUGGAAGAGUCGAGCAAAGCGGGUAUUUCUUCUCGAAAGUCCUUUGCUUCGACCAUAUUCAGAACUUUCCAUUUGACAAGACGAGUUGUGGUCUGGUGAUGUCAUCAAGUAUCAACAUGAGCGUCAUGCGACUAACCGUUGUGAGAGCAGCAUUCACGACUGUCAGGGGAAACGAGGAAUUCACCCCGACGAACUACUCCGCCAUGUACUCUCUACCAAAUGAUCCAGCAAUGGACAACGAGAUCCAACUGCUAAUCACUUUCCAACGAAAUCCGGUUUAUUUCAUCAUUGUUGUCGUGAUCCCGGCCACACUUGUCACCAUAUUGACUGUCACCGGAGUGUUGUUGCCCGUUUCGCCGAAUGGGGACUUUGAUCCGGUGAACAUUGGUUUGACUUCUCUCUUGGCUCUGUCGAUCACUCUGACAGUUGUGGCCGAUAAUCUCCCAAGAACGAUCAAAGUUCCUCUUCUUGGUUGGUUCGUUCUCUCAUGUCUUGCCAUUUGUGUAAUCGCGAUUUUCUUCGGAAUCACAUUUGCUAAGUUUAAACAAUUGGCAAAGAAGCCAGAAAUUGAUUUGAAAGCGAUUUCAACGGUUUUCAAAGGGGAUCAAGUUGUGGAGAUUAAACGAGGACGGAAAAGAGCCAUCGUACGAGCGAUUAUUAAAUGGUUUUCGAUUGCUUUAUUCAUUUUUCUCCAAAGCGCUCUCAUCUGCAAUCUCUUGAUCUUUUUCUCGCAUACUUGGCGUGAGGAAAAGAUUGAUCCAUUCGAGAAUUACAAUCAAACCGAUUGGGAGAAGUUAUCAGCUAUUAAAGAAAAACUUUGGCGAUUCCGUGAACUGUUCAUUGCCGCAUUCUUGACAUGUUUCUUGAUGGGAAUUUACGUGUGCAUAAUUAUCGGCAGUUUACAAGGAUUUUUUAUUCCCGUUGAGCAGAUCAAGGAGAUCACACCGAAACUCGCCGCACGAAUCAAUAACGUCAUCAAAUGGACAUGGUUUUUGUCGAUGCUCCUCUCCCUCAUCCUCAGUCCAUUUGCGAUCUAUUUCGCUUUGACGAACGAGCGCUUGGUUCUACCGAUUCGGUUACUAGCGGCUAGUGAGAAUCUCAGUAAAUUCGUCUACUGCAUUUGGUAUUUGAUCAGUAAUUUUUGUUUUCUACCGACCAAGAUCAUCAGAUGUGGAGCCAGAUUGGCCUAUGAGCUUCGCUAUAUCUCCGUUUGGAAUAUUCAGAUGAAAAUUUUCAUGGACUUUGCCCAAUACACGCAAAUGAUGAUCUCAUUGAGCCGCUUUUUCGCCGUCUCUUUUGAUGGGAUUUAUUUCCGUUACACCCUGCGAUUGCCGUUACUUCAAAUGGCUUUCCCAUAUCUUCUCCGAAUCGCCUUUGAAGUGAUCAUCAGUUUCCACGAUCCAUACACCCUCACUAUCAGCUCGUUUCCGAUGAUCACUCAAUAUUAUCUUCUUUAUGUUCCAUGGUUUAUCAUGAGUUCACUAGAUCUUUUGACGGCUCUACGAUUGAGAAAGGUAAAGAGGCAAGGUGGGAAAGUGAAAAGAGCUGAGAUUUUGCUGAUGAUACAGAUGUUGAUCAACUCGGCCCUUGUCCUUUUCGAUGCCAUUGUGAUCAACUCGAGUCAAUACGUCGUUCAAUCGUUUAUCGGCCCUGAAAUUCGAGGUGUCAUUUUCGAUUAUGGACUCCCUUUCCUCGAAGCUUUCAUGUUCAACCCAUUCUCAAAG